AGCACAAUUUUGUAUUCACUUUCAUAUCACCUUUAUCUAACUAUUUAGUUGAGUCUUAGAUUCACCCCUACUUUAUUGAAACUUGUCUUAUUCUCUUUUAUGUUUCUUUCUCUUAUGUUGCUACAUUCAAGUGAAUAGACAGGACAAUUAUUGGUAGGUAUUUCCCUUUAGAUAUGAUCCACUAUGCCUUUUCUUUGAUAAUCUCACUUAUAGAUACCUACUCUUGUCCGUUUUUCUUUAUGUUCUCGCUCAGCAAGUACUCGAACUUGUUUUUCUCCUCUCUCGUUUCUCGUUCCCAGGAAACUCCGUUCGUACUAUAUAAACCCACUAUCUCUCAAAAUGGCCAUGGCGCAUAGCACACCACCUCCAGUUACAACUUAUGAUCCUUUUCCGGCGUUGCCACCGGACCAUCUCACGGUCUCAUUCUCCAACGUCGUCCGUCUUACUCGCGCAGCUGAGCACGUUUAUACCCAGCUCAAGACAAAUUCGGACGAGGGCAACCAGUAUAUUGUUGUCCUCGGCCUUUCAAACUAUGCCAUCCAGAGGCUCAAGGAUGAGCCUCAUAUUCUCGGUGUGCCAUGCCGUCUCGAAUUUGAUGGGAGUACUGCCAUCAUCAAAGUGAAGCCCGGUGACAAUCACGAAGGACCAGUGAACCUCCUCAUUAGCUACAUGGUCGUGAAAUUUGCAAUGAUGGGUAUUCCGCCAGGUCAAUGCAGAUUUCGAGGUGCCGCUCGUCGCACAGGCACUGUCACUACCAAAGCCAAAGAACCCGACCAAUCUUUUUACCCGCCGUCAAGAAUUGGAGUUCCCGGACCGGCAAGGCCUUGGCCUACUGUGGUAAUUGAUGUCGGAAAUAGCGAUUGCUUGCCCAAAAUGCGCAUGGACGCCCUGUGGUGGUUUAACAAUUCCCAGGGAGAUGUGCGUAUUGCUAUUGUCAUGAAGGUCGAGGCUCGCUCGCGUAGCAUACUUAUCGAAAAAUGGCAGCUUGCGCCUCCCAAUACGCCUCUAUUGACUCAAGUUAUCAUCGACGGCUUCCGUCAAUCCAAUCCCCCAGCGCUACCGCCUCUGGUUCGGCAGCCUGCAGCGACUCAGCAGGCGUACUCUAUUCAAGAGAUCACCGUCACGACGACUAGCGCUACCGCUCAAUUGGUGCUGCCAUUCCAUGCGAUGUACGACCGUCCUCCCGUCCCUCCGGAGGCGGAUAUUGUCUUCACUGUGCAGGAGCUGAUCGAGCUUACUGGCGAUGUCUGGGUCUGAUUGCUCUCCUUGCUCUCCUACAUUUCGACGAGACUUCAUGGUGGUGUUUGCUGUUUUCUUAUGUUCUAUUUGAGAAUGAGACUGGCGUAUGUCGAGAUCUCGGUUCUAAGAGGAAGCGUAAAGCCGGACUAACUCUGAUCGAUACGCAAUCUACGUCUUCUCUGGGGGUGUUGCGGCGUGAGCUUAUGUUUAUCUGAGGACGGGACAAAUGUUUUUUUUUUUUUUUUUCUAUCUUAAGGACUCCUCUUAGGGGAAGGCAUGUAUGCAGCGGGGCCUGAUCUAAUCGAUACGCAUUCCUGGCUCUUUUCUGUUGAUUCUAAGCUUUUACCGGUUCUGUAGUAAUUCUGUAAAAUAAGCGAUACAUGCAACCAGCAAG